CGCUUGUGCUUGUGUCUCACCUCUUAAUUCAAUCGCGUUAAUUCUGGGAUUCCUAGUUCAUAAUACAAUUCAAAUAAUUGAAGCAUUAUAAGCCUGUAAUGGAAAAGUUAGAUAUUCAUUCAACUUUGGAAGCUUUUGAAGAUUACUUUGAAAGGUUCGAAAUCUGGGCUAUGACCAAGGGAGAUAAUGAGGAUGGUAAUAUUGUGGCACACUUCCUCACAUUCAUUGGGAGAGAAGCAUACAGCUUAUUAAGAAUUCUGACUAUGCCGGAAAAGCCUAUCUCGCUUCCUUAUACAACUCUCAAGGAACUGCUGCUAGACUAUGUUCAGUAUACAAAUUUCGAAUGCGGUAAAGGAUUACGAUCUCGUAAAAUGAUUCAUGAGGAUAUAAAAAACACCACUACAUUACUACGUCAUCCUGACCCAGUGCAUACUCAAACUUAUGCAGACAAUUCAUUGAGUUUGGAUGCAGUUCACGAGGAUGGGGACAAGUGUGGUCAGUGUUUGUCCUGUUGCAAGUUUCACUCUUCUAAUUCAUGUCAAUUUCAUAAUUCUAAGUGCUUCAAAUGUCAUGAUACUGGACAAGUUCAGUCAGUUUGUAAUGCUAAUGUUCACCUUACUGCAACUAAUAUUAAGUCUUCUAAUUCUGAUCCUACUGAGUCGAGUAUUCAUGAUGAUCAUUUAUCUGAUACGGGAGAACUGAAGACGUUUGGCGGAUUAAAACCUUUUAUUGUACAUUAAUAAUUUACUGUGUUUUUUGGAUGUAAUUGUUUUACCUAACUUUUGAACUUGUUUGUUUAUAUCAUUAUUUCAAACAUUUUGGUUUGUCUUUGGUUUGGUAUUUUGGUGCUCUCUUUGUCUUUGGUUUGGUAUUUGAGAGUUUUGCUCCGGGAACCUACAAAAUUGAAGGUUUGUUUUGUAAUUGUUAUAAUUAUUGUUGUUAGAACGACAUUUGGUCGAUUAUUUGUGAAUUACGAAUAAAUUUGGUAUCUAAAUUGGAACUUGGUUCUGUUGUUAAUUUGGGUUCGUAAUUUGCAAGUAGAUGGAUAGUCCGUACUUCAAUAACUGGAACGAGCAAAACUUGGACGCAACAUAAAGUUCUUCAAUUAUUGGUUCUGUGUUUAUACCUUGGAUCAGUCUGGACAGUAAUUUGGAUCCAAAUUCCUGGUCUUAUUUGUCGAUUUCGUUUGGAUUAAUUCAGAUUUUUUUGGUAACUGAUUAUUUGGAACAACGAUAACGAUGGAAACACGGAGCAAAAGGCUGAAGGAAAAUGAUGAAAUGGAUGGUAAAACUUCCAAAGCUGUUUGUGGUAUGUCUGAUGUUAAUGAUGAUAAAUGUGAUGAUGUUAGUCUUAAUAGUAUGUCCUCUAGCCAGCUAAGUACUUCUAGACUAAAGUUAGAUAAAGCAUUACUGAGGAAAAGAAAUUUAGAGAAGAGACUUGAAUUAGAACGGCAACUUAAGAUGUUAGAUCUACAAGAAGAGGUUGAUAUCGCUGAACUAGAAUGCAAGGCCAUCGAGGACGAUGAACGAUUACCCGUAGAUAAAUGUGGGAUAAAUGCUAAAGUGGAAAAUUAUUUGGAUUGUGAUACUGGGUGUAAUAAUCACUCAGGGGAGGUAUGUAACAUCUCAAAAGUCGAUUGGGUUGGGGAGCUGAAGGACAUGUUACAUACAAUGGUUAGUAACAUGGUUUUACCUAAGAUCGAUAUGAUGUACUUUGAUGGGCAACCGGGUCAGUAUUACCGUUUCAUUAGUCAGUUUAAUAGCCUUAUAGAGAGUAAACUGUCAGAUAAGGGCCAAUUGCUGUCGUAUUUGUUAUAUUAUUGCAAGGGAAAGGCCAGAACAGCAAUUGAAUCUUGCGUUUCUUUGCCCAGUGAUUUGGGCUAUGAUAGGGCUAAACGAAUUUUGUAUGAUUUAUUUGGUAAAGAACAUCUUGUUGCACGAGAACUAAUUAUUGAGUUAUUAAACCAUAAACCUGUCGGAGGAUUGGCUGACGUAUUAACUGACUUUGCGAUUAAGUUGCGUAAUGUAUGUAUAACGUUGAAGCAAAUGGGAUAUAUGUCUGACGUUAAUUCUACGGCUAAUUUGGAGGUAAUAGUUUCAUGCCUACCACUAGAAUUGCAGAAUAAGUGGGUGGAAGUCCCCGAUAAUAUCAUGAUGCAUGGGAAGGAGCCGAGCUUUGAAGAAUUUGUGGUCUUUGUAGAAGAGAGGGCCAAAAUUGCCCGAACCCGUUAUGGUAGAUUAGUACAGUGUAACUCAAGGUUCGGUAAAAGGAAUUCUGAAGGCCAAGCUGAUAGGAGAUCACGCUUUCAUGCAAUUAGACGAGACUCAAAUAACUCAGUCAAGGUAUCACGUUGUGAAAUCUGCGUAGGUGAUCAUGAAGCGACAAAUUGUCCAAGGUUAGCAAAAAUGAAUGUAAAAAAAGGAGGCAGGAGGUAAGAAAACGUGGUCUAUGUUACUUAUGUUUGAGGAAAGGUCACAUAGCUAUGACAUGCAGCUCAGGCUUCAAGUGCGACGUUGAGAAUUGCAAGGUUAGGCAUAAUUCAUUAUUGCAUAUUGAUAGUAUUGAUAACCAUGUGGUGACCCUGGCUAAGGAUUGGAACUCCUCAAAGGUUUGUUUUGGGAUCGUUCCAGUCAGACUAUACGGUCCCAAAGGAUGUUUGGAAACAUAUGCACUUCUAGAUAGCGGUUCUGACACUUCUCUUGUAUGUGAAGAAUUAAUUAAUCAGUUGGGCAUCAAAGGUAAAGAGACUUCGAUAAAGGUGGCGACUGUGAACGGAACUACCAAUUGUGAAUGUUUGGAGGUAAAUUUAGAGGUAUUUUCAUUAGAUGAACAGGGUUCUAUAAGGAUCAACAAAGUUUACAUGACCAAGAAACUUCCGAUCGAUCAUGCAACACCUUUAACCGAACUCCAACUGAAACGGUGGAAUCAUCUAAAGGACAUAACCCUUCCGAGGUUGCAAAGUAAUUUUGUAGGAAUAUUGAUUGGGUGUGAUGCUCCGGAUGCACAUUGGAUCCUGGAACAACAUCUGGGGGACAGGAAGCAUCCGUUUGCUCUGCGUACUCAUCUUGGUUGGAUGAUUAUAGGUCCUAAGGGAGUAUCAAGGUCUCUACAUCAAGUUCAGUGGUGUCAUUGUUCCACUAAUGAUAUUUUGCGAGAUUUAGAAAGACUAUAUAAUCAUGAGUUCGAGGAUACAGAUACGUUUUGUAAUGGAUAUUCUGUCGAAGAUAAAAAGCUCUAGAAAUAAUUAGCAGUUCGUUUAGAUUGGAGGGUGGUCAUUUCCAAGUUGGUCUACCAUGGAAGUAUGAUAAGCCAAGGCUACCGAAUAAUUUGGAACUAGCUGAACGCAGACUAGAAUGCUUAAGGAAGAGGUUUAUGAAAGAUAACAGUCUUUUGGAGAAACAUCAAGUUGUGAUGAAUAAACAUUUAAGUAAGGGCUACAUCAUUGAAGCUAGUGAAGAGGGAUUUGACCAUGAUGCUGUUUGUUGGUAUAUUCCUCAUCAUCCUGUUAUCAACCCUGAAAAGCCUGGAAAAUUGAGAAUUGUUUUUGAUUGUGCGGCUGUCUAUCAAGGUUGUUCUCUUAAUGACCAGCUUUUGAGAGGACCGAAUACUGGAAAUAGUUUAAUUGGUGUACUUCUACGAUUCAGAUUAGGUAACGUAGCAUUAGCUGCUGAUAUCGAAGAGAUGUUUCUUCAAGUAAAGAUUCCGAGACAAGACAGGGGAGCAUUUCGUCUAUUGUGGUGGGAAGACGGUGAUAUACGACGAACGGCUAAGGAAUAUUGUUUAACAGUUCAUCCGUUUGGAGCCGUGCCCCCCCCCCCCUUUUGUGCUAAUUUCGCUCUUAAGAAGACGGAAGAUAUAUUCGGUAAGGAAUUUAAUGAAGAUAUCCAGGAUGUCGUAGAUAAGAUUUUCUAUGUCGACGACUAUUUAGCCUCCAUUAAUAAUGUACAGGAUGCGAUUGAGCUGGCAAAGGCCCUUGGUUCUCUCCUCAGAAAAGGUGGGUUCAGACUUACCAAGUGGAUAAGUAACUGUUUACAAGUUCUCGAAUCAACUCAUCCAGAAGAGAGAGCAGAAGAGAUUGACUUUGAAAGACUUCCUACGGAACGCACGUUGGGAUUAUUUUGGAAUACUAUGGUUGAUUCGUUUGAAUUUAAUGUUCGCAUACCGAAACGCCCCCUCACUAGGCGAAGUAUAUUGUCAAGUGUAGCCUCACGUUACGAUCCUCUGGGAUUGGUAGCACCGUUUGUACUUCCCAUGAAGCAGUUACGUCAACGUUUAGGUAAAUUGGGACUAGGAUGGGACGAAGAGAUUCCAAAUGAGGAAAGCAAACGUUAGUUAGAGAUUUUAAAUGGAUUUCAGAGUGUUGAGAACGUUAGUUUUCCACGUUGUGUAUUGUUUCUGCAAUCAGAUCGUUCGCUCCUGGAACUUCAUAUUUUCAGUGAUGCAUCGGAAACUGGAUAUGGUGCAGUAGCAUACGUUCGCUCUUACAUUUCUGACACUGAAAUAUGUUCUCGUCUUGUUACGGCUAAGGCAAGAGUAGCCCCCUUGAAGGUCCAAACUAUACCGCGCUUGGAACUUACGGCAGCAGUUUUAGCAGCUCGCAUGGGAUACCAGCUGCAGUCAGAAUUAGAUAUUAAGUUUGCAGAGGUUAAUUUUUGGACGGAUUCCAUGAUUGUCUUACACUAUAUUAGAAAUGAGAAAAGCCAGUUUAAAACAUUCAUAGCAAAUCGAAUUUCGACUAUUCACAGUCUUACUAAGGUGGAUCAAUGGAGAUUCGUACCUUCUAAAGAAAGCAUAGCAGACUUUGCAUCCAGAGGGGUCAAGUUUGACAUUGAUGAUGUCAGGAUUGGGAGAAGGGCUUUAUGUUCUGCGGACUCAAGUAGUUGUUUGUGUGUGAAUAUGCAAUAGUGCCUGAAGCCAUGUGUUAUGGUUAUUCAUUUUCUAAAAGAACUAGAAGGGUCCAGUGUUACGAUUUGGAAUCAGAAUAGAGAGUUCGCGGUAAAUAAAGGAAUUAAUGGAUUGGUCCUCUAUAUGUGUUUAUAUAUCCAUGUUUACGUUAGCGUAUAUGAGCUUCUAUGGAGGAUGAAGCAUUUUGUUGUAUGGUUGAUAUUGCGGUUGUUUAUGUUGGCGCAAAUAUUUUGGAAACGUUUGUCUAAGGAAUAUGUUUCAUUGUUGCGACUUAGACACAAAUGGACUCAACCAGAGAUGAACAUAGGAAAGAGUAACUUGGUGACGACAUGUACUGGGUUUUUAGAGAAAGACAAAUGGUUAUUAGGUCUGGUAAGGAAAGUGAUACCUAAUGGUGAUAGGUUAAGACCGAUAGAGUUGCGGACAAGCGAAGGGAUCUUGACAAGAGAUAUUAGAAAACUGCGUCUAGAAGUUGUAGAUAUUAGGUAGCUACUCGGAUCCCUAGGCGUACUGGUGUAAGUCCUAGGGAUCACGAGAUUGUUGGUAUAUUGAGUGUUUGUUGUUGAUUGUUUGUGAUGCAUAUACUUGGAUUCUUGUUGUCUAUUUAUUUGUCUGUGAAAAGAACCAAGGUUCUUUUGGUCGGGAGUGUUACGGGAGAACUGAAGACAUUUGGCGGAUUAAAACCUUUUAUUGUACAUUAAUAAUUUACUGUGUUUUUUGGAUGUAAUUGUUUUACUUAACCUUUGAACUUGUUUGUUUAUAUCAUUAUUUCGGACAUUUUGGUUUGUCUUUGGUUUGGUAUUUUGGUGCUCUCUUUGUCUUUGGUUUGGUAUUUGGGAGUUUUGCUCCGGGAACCUACAAAAUGGAAGGUUUGUUUUGUAAUUGUUAUAAUUAUUGUUGUUAGAACGACAUUUGGUCGAUUAUUUGUGAAUUACGAAUAAAUUUGGUAUCUAAAUUGGAAAUUGGUUCUGUUGUUAAUUUGGGUUCGUAAUUUGCAAGUAGAUCGAUAGUCCGUACUUCAAUAACUGGAACGAGCAAAACUUGGACGUAACAUAAAGUUCUUCAAUUAUUGGUUCUGUGUUUAUACCUUGGAUCAGUCUGGUCAGUAAUUUGGAUCCAAAUUCCUGGUCUUAAUUGUCGAUUUCGUUUGGAUUAAUUCAGAUUUUUUUGGUAAUUGAUUAUUUGGAACAACGAUAACGAUGGAAACACGGAGCAAAAGGCUGAAGGAAAAUGACGAAAUGGAUGGUAAAACUUCCAAAGCUGUUUGUGGUAUGUCUGAUGUUAAUGAUGAUAAAUGUGAUGACGUUAGUCUUAAUAGUAUGUCCUCUAGCCAGCUAAGUACUUCUAGACUAAAGUUAGAUAAAGCAUUACUGAGGAAAA